CGUUUGAAUCCCUCCCUCCCAAACAGCUGAUUUUCUCCCCGGGAUUCCCCCUCCUCCCGGGCUCUGGAGUUUUUUUUUGUUUUGAGUGAGUGAAGUUUUUUUUUCCCUUUCCCUCCUCCUCCCAAAAGGUGACCAUUCCCCCUCUCUCCACCACCACCUCCUCCUCCUCCUCUCUCUCCCUCCUCUUCCCCCCCUCCUCCCUCUCUGCUGCCGCCGCCGCCAUGAACCCCAGCGCCCCCAGCUACCCCAUGGCCUCGCUCUACGUGGGCGACCUGCACCCCGACGUGACCGAGGCGAUGCUGUACGAGAAGUUCUCGCCGGCCGGGCCCAUCCUCUCCAUCCGCGUGUGCCGGGACAUGAUCACCCGCCGCUCGCUGGGCUACGCCUAUGUCAACUUUCAGCAGCCGGCCGACGCUGAGCGUGCUUUGGAUACAAUGAACUUUGAUGUUAUCAAAGGCAAGCCUGUUCGUAUCAUGUGGUCUCAACGUGACCCAUCUUUGCGGAAAUCUGGAGUUGGCAACAUCUUCAUUAAGAACUUGGACAAAUCCAUUGAUAACAAAGCUUUAUAUGACACAUUUUCAGCUUUUGGAAACAUACUUUCUUGCAAGGUGGUCUGUGAUGAAAAUGGGUCUAAGGGCUAUGGAUUUGUUCAUUUUGAAACCCAUGAAGCGGCAGAACGAGCCAUUGAAAAAAUGAACGGCAUGCUUCUUAACGAUCGUAAAGUUUUUGUAGGUCGUUUUAAAUCCCGCAAAGAGCGUGAAGCUGAGCUUGGAGCCAAAGCAAAGGAAUUCACCAAUGUGUACAUCAAGAACUUUGGGGAAGAUAUGGAUGAUGAGAGGUUGAAAGAAAUCUUCAACAAAUUCGGGGCAUUCCUGAGUGUAAAAGUCAUGACAGAUGACAGUGGCAGAUCUAAGGGCUUUGGCUUUGUCAGUUUUGAAAAGCAUGAAGAUGCACAAAAGGCUGUCGAUGAGAUGAAUGGCAAAGAAAUCAACGGGAGACAGGUUUAUGUUGGCCGUGCCCAGAAAAAAGUAGAGCGACAGACAGAGCUGAAACGCAAAUUUGAACAGAUGAAACAGGACCGGAUCACAAGGUACCAGGGGGUCAACCUCUACGUCAAAAAUCUGGAUGAUGGUAUUGAUGAUGAGCGUCUGCGCAAAGAAUUUUCACCAUUUGGCACAAUUACCAGUGCUAAGGUGAUGAUGGAGCAUGGACGCAGCAAAGGCUUUGGGUUUGUUUGUUUCUCCUCACCAGAAGAGGCUACCAAGGCUGUAACGGAAAUGAAUGGCCGGAUCGUUAGUACCAAACCCUUGUAUGUUGCUCUGGCUCAGCGCAAAGAAGAGCGACAAGCUCAUUUGACAAACCAGUACAUGCAGAGAAUGGCGAGUGUCAGGGCUGUACCAAACCCUGUUAUCAAUCCUUAUCAGCCUGCUCCACCCUCUGGAUACUUCAUGGCAGCUAUUCCUCAGGCUCAGAACCGUGCUGCAUAUUAUCCAGCAGGCCAGCUUGCACAGCUUCGGCCAAGCCCUCGAUGGGCUGCUCAAAGUGUCAGACCCCAACCAUUCCAGAGCAUGCCUGGUGGCAUGCGUCCAACAGGUCCUCGACCACCAACCCUCAGUUCCAUGAGACCAACUUCUGCUCAGGUGCCACGUGUCAUGAGCACUCAACGUGUUGCCAACACAGCAACACAGACAAUGGGACCUCGCCCUGGUGCUACUGCUCCUGGUGUCCGUUCGUUUACACAAUACAAAUAUGCUGCAGGAGUACGCAAUCCUCAACAGCAUCUAAAUGCUCAGCCUCCAGUUGCUAUGCAACAGCCUGCAGUUCAUGUACAAGGCCAAGAGCCCCUGACUGCUUCCAUGCUAGCUGCUGCCCCUCCCCAAGAACAGAAACAGAUGCUGGGUGAGCGUCUUUUUCCCCUGAUUCAGAACAUGCACCCAAGUUUGGCGGGUAAAAUUACUGGGAUGCUUCUCGAGAUAGAUAACUCUGAAUUGCUUCAUAUGCUGGAGUCCCCAGAAUCCCUGCGCUCCAAGGUUGACGAAGCUGUCGCUGUACUGCAGGCCCAUCAGGCGAAAGAGGCUGCUCAGAAAGUAGUUGUGCCAAAUGCUGCAGGUGUUUAAAUUUUUCAGGAGAGGAGGAGGACCAUGAAGCUUGCAUUUAUUGGAAAAAAAUUCUAAACAUUGGAAAAAGCUAAAAAUCUUUAAAACAUCGCAAAAUAUAAAAUGUAUACAAAAAAAGAAAGGAAACCUCAAAGCUUAUGAAACAAAGUCACUGCCAGGUCUGGCAUAAGUGAUGCUAAACCUAGACUUAAUGGGAAAAUACCAAAAAAAAAUUGUAAAAUGAAAAGUUUUCUAGGCCGGGGUAGGUGUUUUAUGCACAGAAUGUUGUUUGCAUUCCUUUCUUUAAAGUUUUGUAAUCCAUUACUGUGGAAAUGCUCAGCAGAUCCACACUGUUUUUAGUUGGCAGUGUGUUUGAUGGUUGAGCAUUAGGAACUGAAACUGAACGUUUGGAUUAUAGAAUGCUUGCUUUAAUAAAAAUGCUGAAUAAUGA